AUGGCAUUCAAGAGCGGGUCGUUCGCGACCUUCCUAAUCCUAUGCCUACCCACGAGCCCACGCAUCCGCCCAUCCCACAAGACCACGACUGACAGACCCGUUUUAGCAACAUGUUUCUUCCUGGGCAUCAUCUUCUCUAUGUUUCCCUACGACUACCCAAUCCUGUGGUCCACCACCCCAACCCCGGCCUCUCACUUCGACUAUUUCGAGGCGCACCUCCGCUUCCUGCACGCCUCGCCUCCUCUUAUUCCACGUAUCCUCCACAUUGUGAUCUUCCUCGGCCUCGCCGGCCUGGUCACCAAGCUCUACAGACCCUCCGAGUCUAACAUGCUCUUCGAUGGCGCCUCGCUUGUCCUUUACAUGUGCGGCGUCACCGUCUACAUUGCCAACAUUGUAAAGGGCCUGCGCCUCGCCUCUGCCGGCCAGUACGGCGUUGACCUUGCACAAACCCCGGAGGAUAAGGAUCAGAUUCUCGGCCGCGAAGACUCGCUCAAGGUCCUCGCAGCUAGCAACACUAUCCUGGCGCUCGUCCUGGUCGGCAUUCUAGUCCUGCAGGCCGGCCAGUGGUAUGCCGAGCGCAAGGAUGCGCAGGAGUACGAGUCGCUUGCGACGGGUAAGAAGAAGGAUGCCAGCGAAGCUCCUACCUCGGCCACCGCAUCUGGCUCAUCCACUGGCAAGCCCGGCCGCCAGGGCAGCCAGCGCAAGAAGAAUUAA